CGGUGCAAAAAGGAAACUCAAGGAGGGCGAGCGCGUCCAGCGGUACCAUGGGCCGUCGGAGUGCGCUAGCCCUCGCCGUCCUCUCGGCUCUCCUGUGCCAGGUCUGGAGCUCUGGUGUGUUUGAGCUGAAGCUGCAGGAAUUCGUCAACAAGAAGGGGCUAUUAGGCAACCGCAACUGCUGCCGCGGGGGCGCGGGCCCGCCGUGCGCCUGCAGGACCUUCUUCCGCGUGUGCCUCAAGCACUACCAGGCCAGCGUGUCCCCGGAGCCGCCCUGCACCUACGGCAGCGCAGUCACGCCGGUGCUGGGCGUCGACUCCUUCAGCCUGCCGGACGGCUCGGGCGCCGACCCUGCCUUCAGCAACCCCAUCCGCUUCCCCUUCGGCUUCACCUGGCCAGGCACCUUCUCUCUGAUCAUUGAAGCCCUCCACACAGAUUCUCCUGAUGACCUUGCAACAGAAAACCCUGAAAGGCUCAUUAGCCGCCUGGCCACACAGCGGCACCUGACAGUGGGAGAGGAGUGGUCCCAGGACCUGCACAGCAGUGGCCGAACAGACCUCAAGUACUCCUACCGAUUUGUGUGUGAUGAGCACUACUACGGGGAAGGCUGCUCCGUGUUCUGCCGGCCCCGGGAUGAUGCCUUUGGCCACUUCACCUGUGGGGAGAGAGGGGAGAAGGUGUGCAACCCCGGCUGGAAAGGCCAGUACUGCACAGAACGUGAGUCCUUGUGGUGGCCACCUUUUCU